GUUCGUCGUUGGUUGCGACCAUGGUGUUGGGGUAAUAGAGACAUGUCCUACGAGUUUUGGAGACGCAAACAACAAACAGGGGGAUCAGGAUUCUUUCCCCCUUCCUUCAGAUGGUCGGAAAGAGGGUCCUCCUCUGAGAUCAUCCUGAAAAGGGUGGUUAAGAACGAGUCAUACUUCUUAAAUCCUUUUGUUUUCAAGGAAAUUCUUCAUUUAUGUUUCUAUCUUCUCAUCUCAAUCGUGCCACCAAUCAUCAUCAUCUUCUUCUCACAUUCCUAGGUGUAUUAUAUUUUCACCAACGUUUCCUUUGUUUAGUAUAUACAUUGUACACGAGAGAUAGAAAUCAACUGAAAAAAACCAGACGAUCGAUAUAAGCUUUGAUUACCCUUCGUGCCCUCAUUUCUGGUGCGAUCGGAAACCCUAGGAAAAUGAAAAACCCCCAUUUGAUCAUUAACUUGAAGACGGCUACCAGUGAUUUGUAGGAAAAAAAAGCUGGCGCAUUCAGACAGGUGUGUGGUGGCAGAAACAGCGGCUGCCUCCACAAUCACAACAUAUGGUUUUGAGUACAAUGGGGGGUAGAUGGACAACAAAUGGAAUCCAGUAUUCUUAUUUCCCGCUUUUGAUUCUUGUUCUAGCUCAUGUGUGUUCUUCCCUGAAUCCCGAAGGAUUGGCAUUGUUGGAUUUUAAGGCAAGAGUAUCUCGUGAUCCAUAUGGAGCCUUUGCAAGUUGGAAUGUGGAUGACAAUGAUCCAUGCUCAUGGUCUUAUGUUCAGUGUGUCUUUGGCAAUGUGCAUACUCUUGAUCUCAAAGGGCUAUCUUUGGAAGGAGUACUCACACCUGAGUUAGGGAAUCUCACUCACUUGAGGCGUCUUGUUCUCUCACAUAACCAUUUUCAUGGAGUUAUUCCAAAAGAGAUUGGCAAACUCAACAUGUUGGAGGUACUGGAUUUAAGGGAUAAUAAAUUGAUUGGAAAUAUUCCACCAGAGGUUGAAACAAUGCAAUCACUAAAAUAUCUGUAAGUGAUAUAAUCCUAUUCACUUUGUUCUUUAUAGAUUGCUAUAUUCCUACUUCGAAGACUCUGAAUAUAUUUAUUUAUAAAAGUUCAAGAAGUUCUAUGAAAAUGUAUACAGUUCCUUGUUAAUGCUGACAUUGAGAAACGAAUACAUUUGACUCAACAUUCACAUGUCUAACAAUUGGAUUAUGGAUUUUGAGCACACAUUUCACUUCCCUUUUUACAAAAUAAGGUUAAGUUCUGACUUUUAAGGUCAAAUCUAUUACUUUCAAGAAUCAAAAAUCACAUGGAUUUCAUCACAAACUUAGCCACAAGAUUUCUCUUAGUUUCUAUUUCAAAUCAUUUUCAAAACGGGUCAUCAAAUAUUACAUGAAAUUGUAUACAAUUCUUUAUAAUCUUGAUGUAGAGAAAGGGAAAAUGACCUAAAAGCCCAAUAAAGUUUUCAAAUAGUUCUAAAAACCCCAAUAUUGUUUUGGUUAUUCAAGAAAAGCCAAGGAAGUAAACAUUUUUCUAAAAAAUCCAAACUAACUUAGGCUUCUCAUUAAGGGUAACCGGCAUCUGUGGGUUAAAACUCUUUGUUUACCUGCUAAUGGAAGUGAACCACAAGAAAAGAUGACAUGGCUGAUUAUCGUUUAUUACAUGGAAAUAAAAAUCCCACUAUCACAAAGACUUACCUUUCAGUGAAAUCGGAACAUAUGCGAUCUAGGGUUCUUACUGGGUGAAAUCGUUGUGGCUGUGGCUUAAGGAAGGAGAAGGUGAAACAGAGCUCAAAGAGUGUACAACAACCAUGUCAAGAGAUGGUGACUCCCUUACCAUUGAUGUCUACCACAAAGAUUUAGAGGAAGAAGAAGAAGUCAUGGGAGAAGGACAGAGCCGUUAAGGAGGAGAUGUGUGCCCUAAUUUGUUUUAGUAAAGAUGGGUUAGAUCGAUGAACAUAUCCUACAUGUCAUGUUUUAAGCCAACAAAGCAAUCCACAUGUCAAAAAAACUGCCAAGUCAUCUAUUCAAUUAUUCCUCCGCUUGCCUUCAGGUUGCUUCAUAACAACAAUCUUGAAGGAAGCAUUCCACAUGAAUUUGAGAGCCUGAAUUUACUCUACAAGUUGCAAUUUGAUGAUAAUCUUACAUUCAGUGUUACAGAUGCAAUUGGAUUUCUAAACAGGAAACUUGGACGUUGCAUAUGGCAGGGUGGUUUUAACCAUCUAAGGAAUGCAGAUUCUGUUAUAUCCCCAUUCAAAGAAACUGUUAUUAAUUGCCUCAAACCAUUUCAACUAUUCAGCAAGGGCAUUUCAGACAAUUCUUGUGUCAAUGAAGAAAGUCCACUAACGCCCAAAAUAGUUGAAAACACAAAAAUUGAUGGAUGCAUAACAAGUCGAAAGCUAAUAGAAGAACCUACAAAUGUAGCAUCCGAAUCUUCAUAUAAUGAUGAUGACAUGUCAGCACGAGGUGGCAUCAUAGGAGUUGUUCCUAGUACCAAAAGCAGCGGAUGUUUCUGGAAAAUAACAAAAAGAUUUGAUGAUACUCCAUCUUCAUCAUCCGAAACAUCUGAUGAUGAUGAAGAGUCAACGGAAAGUCAAACUAAUUCAGACAUGUGGAAGAUCUUGAUAGGAAUGUGUUGUGGAUCUUUUCUUCUAAUCACUUCCAUGACACUAUCAUUCAUGUGUCAUAAUAAAGCUGUCAAAACCAUGGGCCCGUGGAGGCCCGGGCUUAGUAGACAACUGCAAAAAGCAUUUGUUACGGGUGUUCAAAAACUAGAUCAUUCAGAACUAGAAACAGCAUGUGAGGAUUUUAGCAACAUCAUUGAAACAAUGGAAGGUUGUACUUUAUAUAAAGGAACAUUAUCAAGUGGAGUUGAGAUUUGUGUCGCUUCAACUACCAUUACAAGACUCAAAGAUUGGUCAAAACAUGCACAGCUAUUGUUCCACAACAAGAUUGAGAUGCUUUCACGCGUGAACCACAAAAACUUUGUUAAUCUUAUUGGUUAUUGUGAGGAGGACAAACCUUUUGUUAGAAUGAUGGUGUUUGAGUAUGCUCCAAGUGGCUCACUCUCAGAGCAUCUACAUGUUCAAGAAGCUGAGCAUCUAGACUGGAGUGCAAGGAUGAGAAUAAUACUAGGAGUAGCAUAUUGUCUCCAAUGCAUGCAUGACUUAAGUCCUCCAGUGGUGCACAUGGAUCUGAAUUCAGAAAUGAUCUAUCUAACCGAUGAUAAUGCUGCUAAAGUUGCAGACUUGAGUUUCUGGAAAGAGUUUUCCCAGAAAGAAAAGAUAUCAGGGGCAAAUAAGUCAAAGUGUGUUGUGAUGCCUGAUAAGGAGUCAAACAUAUACAGUUUUGGUGUUUUAUUGCUUGAAAUUAUAUCUGGGAAACAUCCUUCUUCAGACAAAGAAGAACCUCUUGUAGUGGAAGAGUUUUUGAAGGAGAAUAAAAACAUUAGUCAUAUGAUUGAUCCAACCUUAAAGUCAUUCAAGCAAAAAGAACUUGAUGUUGUUUGUGAAGUUAUUCAAGAAUGCAUUGAAAAAGAUGGAAGUGAGAAACCAACGAUAAAUAAAAUAAUUCGAAAACUUAGGGACGAAAGUGGUAUUUCACCAGAGCAAGCAAUCCCUAGAAUGUCUCCCCUUUGGUGGGCUGAACUUGAGAUCUUAUCUGAAGAUGAAACAUAAAAAAAAGGAAUAACAAAAUUUAACAUUAAAGAUACAUGGAAAAAGGAUACAUUUUCUCAUUGUUAACUUGUACAUACAUGCGAUAGUUUUUGUUGGAUUUUCUUUGAUUUAUUCUUGACACUUGAUAUAUAUAUAUAUAUAUAUAUAUAUAUAGGUUGUAUGUAUAUCAUUUAAUCAAAAUGAGGUGUCGAGAUUUAUGGGAUU